GAAAAAUAUCACGAGAAUCAACAUUUGAAUGAAAGUCGGAGCAUUUAUUACGAAGAGUAAAGUAAACCGGUGAUGUAAUUGUUUACCGUUAGCAUGUGUUAGCGUGUGUUAGCUUGUUAGCCGAGCUAACCGGAACGAUGGAGCAGAGUGAAGCUGAAACGCCUGAAGUUUCCAACAAAGUUUUCACGUUUGAAGAUAAAAACAGUCAGGAGACGCUUUCUGUCUCCAUACCGGAGGUUCUGGACCCGCAGCACGGGAUGCACGUGUGGCCCUGUGCGGUGGUUCUGGCCCAGUACCUGUGGACCCGCAGAGCCGAGCUGACCGGCAGGACGGUGCUGGAGCUCGGUGCAGGAGUGAGUCUGCCAGGCGUGGUGGCGGCGCGCUGCGGUGCGCAGGUGAUCCUGUCCGACCGUUCAGACGAGCCUCGGUGUCUGGAGAACUGCCGGAGGAGCUGUGAGGCCAACGGGCUGCAGGAUGUCCGUGUUCUGGCUCUCACCUGGGGGGACGUGUCCCCGGAUCUCAUCCUGCUCCCGGAGCUGGACGUCGUCCUUGGAUCAGAUGUCUUCUACGAUCCUGAAGAUUUUGAAGACGUUCUCGUGACGUUCCUUUGUCUCCUGAGGAAGAACCCAAAGGCUCAGUUCUGGACAACGUACCAAGUCCGAAGCGCCGACUGGUCCAUCCAGGUUCUGCUCCACAGGUGGAACCUGAACUGUGUCGAAGUCCAGCUGGACGAGUUCGGUGCUGAAGAACCUGAGCUGGCCGGGUCCAGUCUGCCGGGCAGCCACAGCGUCCAGAUGAUGAUCAUCAGUCAGGAGGAGGAGGUGGAGUGAGUUCUGCAGAACCUCCGAGCUCACAACACCCAAGAGCUAUCCAGUGUCGGACCUGGUUCUUUUUUGUACCAGGACCAGGUCGAACUGGUUUACAGCUUCCUGCCGCUGUGGGCUGUUCUGAGAUCUGCUGGACAAUUAAACAUUUUAACAUUUGAAGGAGAAGAUUUAAAAACAUCUUCAUAAAUCAACUAAACUGC